AUGAACGGGUUCGGUCGUGCCAGCCUGGCACAGAUCAACCUGAUAGGCUGCAAAGAAUGUUCCUUCAAAUGCACGGACAGGAGGUAUUUGGCUGCGCACAGUCGCAUAGAACAUCGCCAGAACACAGAUCCAGCCGAUGACGAUUUCGUCGACAAGCUAGUUGUAUUCGUCAACGACACGACCGUCAAGACGGAGCAGAUCAUGGAGUCGCUAGUCGAGAGAGCCCAAGGCCUCGUUGAAGAGCUUAUCGAUUUCAAGAGCUCCUUUCCCAAGUGUGACAACAUCACCGCCAAGUAUGACUACCACGACGUCGACAAUACAAUGGAACAAGUAGAAACGAGCGUUGAAACAAGCUCUACAACCGAAAGCGGCCUCUUUUCCGACUUUGGCCUCUCUGCUCUGAGCAACCUGACUCAACUUGCGCGGCUAACUCAGAACAACGCAAGCACUACCGCAGCCAGCAAUACGGAAUCGCAAAGUGGCACUGGCAUGUUCAACAACGUCUCCGCCAGUAACUCUAAAAACAACAACAUUCUGAGCUCGUCUAUCAGCAGCUCUAACUCGAAAAGCGCCAACACUGCAAAAUCAACGACCAUUACUAUCGCCCCCAAGCAAGCAAAUUCAUCAACAACUUCUCUCAGCAAUCCCGUUGUGAUUACCCUCGAUCAGCUGAAGCAAGCUACAACCCAUCACACUAUGAAGGAAUCGCAAAGACAACGCGCUCACCCAGAAAAUGCCCCGGCCUGCCCGAUUUGUGGGAGAGUGUGUUCUACGACUUGGAAUCUGAAGCAGCACAUCGAAAAACACUACGACAUCCAUCCUCAGAAGGGAGUUGUCAAGAAAAAAUUCGAAGAAACGAGGUCCGCCGCGACUAAUAAUUCGCUGGGAUCAAAUUCUGGCGCUGCACUCGCCGUUAACCCCGCGACCUCUUUAUCAUUUGCGCCGUCGCCCUCCUCCCCGUCUUCUUCUUCACUCGGUAUCAUCGAAUUGCCCACAUCUUCGAACGACAUGAGCGACUCUAAUGAAGUCACAGUCAAACAAGAACCUCUCGACGAAGUCGAAAACAUCACGGGCAGAACGAGUCCGGUGGUGAAGAAACGUCGGCCAGAGGUGCAGCUUAUGCCGAAACCGUCGAUCGUCGCCAUUCCUACCGCCACGCCAGUUACUUUCGCGAUCGCAUCGACGACUGCUGUCCCAAUCAAGAACAGCGGAUCAAAUCCGAACACAAGAAGCACGGCUAUAAAUAGCACCGUUUUGAACAGGCUUCCCUCGCCCAGCGACAAUAACCACAUCUGCUCAUUCUGCGGGAAAGGAUGGAAAACGCGUUCUGCGCUAGAAAUGCAUAUACGCGUUCACACUGGCGAAGAGCCAUUUAUCUGCGCACUCUGCGGGAAGGGACACAAGCAAAAGGGUCAACUAAAAGUGCACAUAACGAAACACCAUGCCGGCUGUUCUUACCCAGAUCCCAGUUUAACAGCAGGAGCCGCCUUCCAACACGAGAAAGAAAAAUUAAAAAUUCUGAGAGGUGCAAGGCCAAUUGCUCCUGCUCCAGUGGAUUGUUCACCAAAGGUGAACCCUGUGUUGAGUAGGCAGACUGAGUUCGACUGCCAUCAAUGUGGAUUGGCAUGCCACUCCUGGGCAAACCUAGAAAAGCAUCUGCAAGCUCACGAAGAGGCCGAUGUAGCUGGCGAUUCGACUUCCGAGAAUAAGAUGUCUAUAUUGGAGAGCGACAAAAUGUGUUCAUCAGACGAAGAACGCGACAAAAUGUCGGAAGGCGAAGGGUGA